CGUUUCAAAAAAUCACAACUUCGUUUGAUAUCAGUACUGUGGAACCACGAAGGCUGGGCCCAGCAUGAUGCUUUGAACGAGCAGCUUUGGCGAAGUAUGAAGCUAUCUGACGGGGCCGAUGUUGAGGUUGAUCGAGAUGUAGAGAGCACUGAUGGAGAGGAGGGUUGUGAAGAUGAAGACGAAGACGACAGCGACGAUGAGAGUAGUGUCGUGGGUGCUGACGACUCCGAGACCGACGAUAUGGAUGAUGAAGAUGAAGAAGAUGAAGAAGAUGAUGAGAGUGAAGAGGAAGAUCACGGCCGGAACGAGGAUCACGGCCGGAAGAACAAAGCGAUGACGAGUUCGGGCGGGGAAGAAGUACCACCCUGGGCCGAAGAGGUGCUAGAACUCCUAUUCGGACUAAUCAUGGCAUUUUGCAGGGAAGAAGUUAUGGAUGGUCGCCCAGAUUCAACGCUGCUGGUGUAUUUCAGUGGUGUUCUCGGAUUCUCGGCUGACCUCACUGGUUUCCUUCCGGCCAGGUCAUACACGUCUAACCUUGCCGCGCUGAUAUACACACAGCGCCUUCUCUUCCUCGAGUACGCUUUGCCAGCGCAGGGCUACCCUCGUCUCGGAAUUGCGAGACGCCCUCGAACGGGUCAGAUUGCACGUCUGCAGAAUAUUCGACAGGAAUACCUCGUCCUCGGAUCACAAUCACCGUUCGAGGAGUUAUUCUCCCUACUCGUAUUCGGCAGGGCAAUAGCAGGCUCAGAAACACCUGCAUUUCUUCUCAAAUGGAGCGAUGACGGUCAGAUUUUAUCAUACAGAGAUGACAUUGUGGUUCACAUGGAACAGUUUCGACGUCUCCCGAAGGCACUUCUGGAGCGUGCGGAGUCUCUUUGUGAGCAGUUGAUGUAUGGGUGGAAACCGCUUUGCGAUCUAUUCUCCGUCAAAGACGAUAUGUCAAAUAGGACACACGGGUUUUCAUUCGUUAAUCACCCGAAGAACGGGCUAGCAGAGGCUUAUUUGGAACUAUCCUUGAAAGCUUGCACCAGUCAAGUGAACCCUCUCUCACGCAAAGGGCGAUGGAAUCAGAAGGCAAUACUUGCAUAUCUCAAGAAGGAAGAAGCAUUGCGCGAGGUCUUAUCAGGUCUAAUGCUCAUGACGUGCGGUGGCCAGCCCCGUUCACCAGACUUGCUCAACAUCCGAGUACGCAAUCAUAGGACUAGCGAGCGUAGCCUUUACGUGUAUAACGGCUAUAUGAUCUAUGUCACUCGCAGUCACAAAGCAAAGCGCUCAACCAAUAGGGAAUUCGUUGUCGCUCGGUUCUUCCCUUCCCAAGUCGGUCACUUAAUGUAUACACACCUCGUAUAUAUUCGCCCUUUCGUGGAUAUGCUUGCUCGAGAGCAACUACCGCACAUCAAUGGUUGUUCUCCUUUUUUCUUUCGGUGCCGGUCAGAGCCUGACAGCCCCCACUGGUCUACAGAACGCCUUAGUAACACCGUCAGACGCUUCACACAGGAGGUUUGGGAUAAGGGAAUUACCCUGCGCCUCUUACGACAGAUCUGUAUUGGGAUCGCUGAUAAGCAUGUUCGUGAGGUGAGCCGACCUUUUAAUAGGUUUGAUGACCGGACGGAUAAUGCAGAUCGUGGAGUUGUAUUCGCCUGGUCAAGCGGCCACCGUCCGCUGCAGCGAGCCAGGACAUACGGGCUUGAUGGGGCUUUCCCAACGCAUCUACAGCCUCAGCUGCUUGAACGUUACGAAUGGGUAUCAGUUCGUUGGCACGAAUUCUUGCACCUACCUAGUAGAUGUGCCUCUAGGCCUAUACACGCCGGACCUGAUCGUAUUGUUCCACAGCUUGGUACAACUAAUGCAACGAGUCUCGAUGAUGAUCCUCAUGAUUGCUUGCUAAUAUCACCUCCUCCGUCUUCCCCACCGGCUCCGUCAUCUAGCGCUAAGUUCUUUUCAAGAAACGAUGGGGGGCAGAACCUGUUGAAGCGCAGCUUCGUGAUCACUUCUCCACAAACGCCGGCGAAAAGAAGGCGUGUUCAAGUCGUGGGAUCAUCAUCUAUAUUGGAUCCGCCUAGCAGAUCAUGCGGGGGGCCUAUGGCUCCUCUGUUUGGCAAAACGAAUGAGUCUGGGAGCUCCGAUACGGCAGAUGAGCAGAAACGGAUCAUUGCUUAUCUCAAAGGGAAGCAAGCUGAAAUCCGUUUACUCAACAAUAAAGAAGCAGAGAUCGUCAUCCCAACCGAGACCAGUAAUGAGGUCUUCGUGGCCGAUCCGUGCCUCGAUCUCAUCGAUCGACUUAACUGGAUCCAUCAGAUCACUGAGGCUUGGAGAUCUGUCGGAUGCGAGCUUUGUUUCAUAAUCAAGAGUCGGCCGGAACCUAAUCACGGAUUACAUAGCUGCGAACAGUGGUCCACUAGCAAGCAUGCCAAGCGUAUUCUGCACUGGCUUACCACCCUCGAUAUUCCGCGAUACUAUGAUGUCUGGGGGGCGUGUAGCAUGUGUGGGCACGGAUGGCUCGUGUGUGACGAGAUGGGACAAGGAGAGCGAGCCCGCCGUGAAGCACGCAGUCAAAGAAGCAACAGUAGAAAUAGUGCGCAGAAUCAUCGCGGCGUUAUGCGCGUACGAUGAUCAAAUCCUCGGCAAGAUUUUGACGAAAAUGGCGCUGGAUCACGAAGGCAUAGAUCUGACUUCGGAGAGUCAGGCAAGGCUCUGGCUAGAGCAGAGAAUACGGUCUCAAGACGAUUACUGGAUCUCGAGGCUCAUCUAUGUGCUAGAUCAGCUCAUCCUGGCAUAUGACUUCUGUCAGUCGAGAAAACAGUCACUAGCGAGGCAAGAUCAAAGGAUUGAUUUGAAAAGA